UUUCCUUUCCGAGGAACAACAAACAGAGCAUCAUUGUCGGACAUCGCUGAAUUGGCCGAAAUGGCAGUGUAAAGUGUGCAGCGACCCAGCAGCAGCCAACAAAACAGUGCAUCCAGCCAGUGCACUGAGUCACUUCUAAUUUAGAAACAUGUCGUCCUUUGUGGAAUCCCUCAACACUGCUGCAUUCGACAGCAUAAAAGAACUCGACGCUCUCCUAGCAUCGUCACGUACUCCGUUUGUGACCAACAACAGCCAUUAUGACCAUGAUGAUGACAAACUCACAGUUUGGCCUGGAAGACAUGGAGGCCCUUCUCUGGGGGCCUUCCUCUCCCAUGGCUGACCCCAUGGGCUCCCUACAGUUUCACCCUGACCAAGAAGAACAUCAGGAAGGAGGAGGAACCUCGCGGGAGGGGGACACUUCGCCUGCGUCACCCCUCACCUCCUCGUCGCUGUCUUCUUCCUCUUCUCCUCCUCCCUUCUACUCUCCUCCUCCCUCGCCACCGGCCGUCCUCCUCCAUGGGGACAAAGCCCGGAAUGAGUCUGACCUGCUCUCCCUCCCCUGGUUGGGCCACCCCGAUGAACUGAGAUGUAGCCAGACACUCUCAGGUGACAGGAAAGAGGAAGCUUUGGGUGACCUGGACUGGAUGGCUGAGAGGAUGGAUCUGAGCGAGUUUGACCUGGAGUCUCUGAUUGGCUCAUGCAGUCCUCCUGAAGAGUCCCCCAGCUCUACAGAAGAUCUCCUGGCCUCAUUAGAUUGCCCCAUGGAGCUCGACUCCCUCCCGUUGCCCACACUCUCCACUCCUGCACUCUCGAGUCUUCCCUUUGCCUCCCUUCAGAGCACCCCUCCCCCUCCCCCUCCCCUUCCCGCUGCCGGCGAAGGUGCUUCAGUCAUUACAGUGGAUGACUGUGAAUCCCACGCUGAUGGGCAGGAGGCGCCCUCCCCUCCCCCAUGUGUCCCAGAGCCACAAGAGGAGCUUGAAAUCAAAUCUGAGCCUUCAUCUCCUGACCCGUCCUCCCCCUGGGUUGAAUCUUCUUCCUCCCCAGUCUACACCUUGGACCUGGGCAGCGAGGUGGAUGUGUCAGAGAGUGAGGUGAAGCCGGUGUUAGCCGCUGUGGUCCCUCAGGUGCCGAGGCUCGUGCUCUCCCUUUCACCAACCCGCAUCGUCCUCGUGCUGGCUCCCAAAAAUGAAGUGGGGAUCACCACCGCCACCGUGGCCACCACUUCGGAGGUCAUUCCCUCCUCCCCUCCUGCCCCCUCCCUGCAGAGGUCCUCUAGAAGCAGACCGUACCCUGAGCCCAAAUGCAAAGCUAGCCCUCCCUCUCCCAGUGCCACCAGCGUCAAAGUCAAGUCCCUUCGGGGGGCGGCUGGUGACAACAGGGUAACUCUGAAGGCGCCAAAGGACAAGAAACUAAAGAAGAUGGAGCAGAACAAGACGGCCGCCACGCGCUACAGGCAGAAGAAGAGGGCGGAGCAGGACGCGCUCACCACCGAGUACGCGCUGCUGGAGAGGAAGAAUGUGGAGCUGACGGAGAAGGCUGAAUCCAUUGCCAGGGAGAUCGAAUACCUCAAAGAGCUGAUGGAUGAGGUCCACCUGGCCAGGAUGAAAAAAGGUCUCGGUGCUGACCCCUAGUGGCUGGGAACAAACCUGCACUGCAGAUUUUAUUUUUAAUGCACACAUGUUUCAGUACGGUAUAUGUUCUGUCCACACAGCAUGUCAUGGAGCGCACAAUCCAAUAAAACUGAUGUUUGUCACAAUAUCUCCUUUUUAACUAUCUCACACUGGUAUUAUCAAAUACAGAAUAGUUCCGUCAUGUUCAGAUUAGUUCUAUGGAAACAAGUAUUUUCAAUUCAGUAUAUCAACCUGUGUGCUGUUUGUUAUAUUUUCCUAUAUCUGGACCUCAGUAACUUACCGGUAAGUCUUUUUUAAAGUUUUAAAAUGUGUAUAUUAUAGUAUAACCGAACCACUUGUAUUAUCAUUCUCUUAAUAAAGAGUCUUAAACCUAA